AACUAUUGAAUUGUUGUUGUGAGAGAGAGACCAUGUAUUCCUUGACGGUGAAGCCCUCUCUUCUUCUUGCGCCAAAAUCAUCUUCAUCUUCUCCUCAUUCUUGGGUUGGGUCCUCUUCUUCUUCUUCUACGCUUAGUUUCCCAAUAAAAACGAAAACCAAAGGUAGAAGAAUCAGCUUGAGACUCGAGGCUUACGAUUCUUCCAAGAACUACGAUGGCCUCAAUCCCUCCUCCGGUGAUUCCAAGCAAACCAAUGGCACUCUGCCAAAGAGCAGGAGGGAGAUUCUAUUGGAGUAUGUGAAAAAUGUGCAGCCUGAGUUUAUGGAGCUGUUUGUAAAGAGAGCACCCCAGCAGGUGGUUGAUGCAAUGCGUCAAACUGUGACAAACAUGAUUGGAACACUACCCCCACAAUUUUUUACAGUUACAGUUUCUACGGUUGCCGAAAAUCUUGCACAACUUAUGUACAGUAUCAUGAUGACCGGAUAUAUGUUUCAGAAUGCACAGUACAGGUUGGAACUACAGCAAAGUUUGGAGCCGAUUGCCCUUCCUGAAGGGCAAGAGAAAAGGGAUGCACCAGAUUAUGCACCUGGUACACAGAAGAAGAAUGUGUCAGGUGAAGUUAUUAGGUGGAAUAAUGUUUCUGGACCUGAGAAAAUAGAUGCAAAGAAGUACAUAGAGUUACUUGAAGCAGAGAUUGAGGAAUUGUAUCAGGAAGUUGGUAGGAAAUCUGCGAAUGGACAAAAUGAAUUGUUGGAGUAUCUCAAGUCUCUGGAGCCCCAAAAUAUAAAGGAGUUAACUAGUACUGCUGGAGAUGAUGUUGUGGUUGCAAUGGAUACAUUCAUCAAGCGGCUUUUGGCUGUUUCCGAUCCUAGCCAGAUGAAGGCUAGUGUAACAUCAACAACUGCACCAGAACUUGCAAAGCUGCUUUAUUGGCUAAUGGUAGUCGGAUAUAGCCUUCGCAACAUAGAAGUUCGUUUUGAUAUGGAACGAGUACUUGGUAGUCCUCCAAAGCUUGCAGAAUUACCUCCAGGUGAAAAUGUUUAGAUGCUCUGUGUGGAAUUGCAUAUAAUGGAAAGUUAUAACUGGAAACUCACCAGCUCUAGUAGGCUGGUGGGUCUUUGUGAGCUGCUACACUAGAAUAUCAAUAUGUGCCCUUUUAGAAGACACAUGGUGAGACGGGAGUUAAGACGGAUGAGCAAGCAGUAGACUGGUUGUUUUUUCAUGGCAGACACAACUGGAUCAUUUUAGUCCAUUUCCAAUUAUCAAUCAAAUGAAAUACCAUUUUGACUACAACGUUUUACUCGGUAAUUUGUUUGAGUAAAUUCUAAAA